CUCCGCUCAUUUUUUCCAGAAAGAAAAAAGUAUCUAUAUUAUUUUUCUAAAUGAGGACAAUUCAGUGGCUGACUACGAGAAGACGCUCUUCUUUUUCUUUCUUCCUUUUUCUUGUCCCCCUUCCAGUGCUUAGAGAUGGAGGAAUCCUUUACCUGAGCUCAGCUCCUGCCUGCCCCUGGGAGCUUUGAUCCUUUUCCACUUGUCUUAAGAAGUUACUGUUAUUGAUGUUUUUUAAUUUAUCCUCUUGUCACAAGCCCACCUACCCUGGGCUGGAGGGGGCUUUACUGGAACUUUUUUUGAAAAGACUUGUUUUCAAAAAGAAAAGAAAAGACUGUUUUCUGCAGUAUGCCAAGGCAAAGGAAAUUCACUUUUCAAACGGAUGCGGAGGUCCACUUUCCGUUUGCGUUCAGAACAAGGCGCCUUGGAAAUACACGAUUGACAGGGUGUCACUGGGUGUGUGGGGUGAGCUAGCGCGUCUGUCCCCAGCACCACCAGGUCGCGAUGAUUCUAUUCGCCUCGGAAGCUGCAAUUUAGCGGCAAUUAGAAGGACUGGGCGCCACAGUUAGUACUGCUCGGUUGGUUCUGGAAUUAGCAAGUUGUUAUUCAGUUUGCUUUCACAACUUGCAGGGUUUUGACUCCCGCGCUCAUCUUCAACGUGGGAAACCAAGCCGUUUCUCUCGGCUUGGGCCGGGGGAGUGGCUAGCAGCAGGGGGACAGACGGGUCGACUGAGAUAGCCAAGCUAACAGUGCAGCUAAAUGCGAUUUGGAAGGCGAGGUCUCCCCGAAUUAGUGCAUGCAUUUCCUAUCGAUCCGCUAGCGGUUCCAUUCAUCUCUGACAAGUCCCUCUGCGCACCCGCCCUCCGGCUCCCCACGCCUCCUCGCUCACCCCUACCCCUCCUCAUCGGGCUGCAGAGAAAAGCCCCAAGCUCAGCGCCCCUCGCCCCUAGUGAGCUCCCCAUUUCGAGGAGGAGCCCCCAGCCCGCCAGCCACUGAGCUCCCCACAGGGACGCCGCUGGGCGUACGGGGCUUCCUCUCGCCCUGGGGAGGAGCAGGAGCCCUUUGGGAAGCGCAGAAUGCCAGGCAGAGGUGAGGCAGGACAACAGGGGCUACAUCGGGAACCCCAACUUCAAGGGAAUGUGGGAUCAUGCUCCGCCCAGCGCUCCAGCAGGCCUUGGGUCCACGCUUGCUCGCCCUGGCGCUCUCUGCCCUCAGCGCCUCUCGGAUCUCUGAGAGCGCAGCGAGGAGGGGGUCGCCCCGCAGGAGCCCUAUGUAAAUCCUGGUGUUGACUGGGUGGGGAGGGGGAAGCGAAGAAGGGGAAAUAAAGCUCUUUGGCUGGAGUAGGGUCCGGGUGAGCAGAUUUCCUUAUCCGGGAAUCGCAGGCGGGGUGGCUAUUGGCUCGGAGGAUCACGUGGCCCCUAACUUUGUUCACUUGACAGUAAGUAGGAGGGCUUUCGGAACAGGAAAACGAGUCAGGGGUCGGAAUAAAUUUUAGUAUAUUUUGUGGGCAAUUCCCAGAAAUUAAUGGCUAUGAGUUCUUUUUUGAUCAACUCAAACUAUGUCGAUCCCAAGUUCCCUCCGUGCGAGGAAUAUUCACAGGGCGAUUACCUACCCAGCGACCACUCGCCCGGGUACUACGCCGGCGGCCAGAGGCGAGAGAGCAGCUUCCAGCCGGAGGCGGGCUUCGGGAGGCGCGCGGCGUGCACCGUGCAGCGCUACGCGGCCUGCCGGGACCCCGGGCCCCCGCCGCCGCCAUCUCCACCNNNNCCCGCGCCGCCGCCCGCCGGGGCCCUCCUCCCGGAGCCCGGCCAGCGCUGCGAGGCGGUCAGCAGCAGUCCCCCGCCGCCUCCCUGCGCCCAGAACCCCAUGCACCCCAGCCCGUCCCACUCUGCUUGCAAAGAGCCCGUCGUCUACCCCUGGAUGCGCAAGGUUCACGUGAGCACGGUAAACCCCAAUUACGCCGGCGGGGAGCCCAAGCGCUCGCGGACCGCCUACACCCGCCAGCAGGUCCUGGAGCUGGAGAAGGAAUUUCACUACAACCGCUACCUGACCCGGCGCCGGAGGGUGGAGAUCGCCCACGCGCUCUGCCUGUCCGAGCGCCAGAUCAAGAUCUGGUUCCAGAACCGGCGCAUGAAGUGGAAAAAGGACCACAAGUUGCCCAACACCAAGAUCCGCUCGGGUGGCACCGCAGGCGCCGCCGGAGGGCCCCCCGGCCGGCCCAGCGGAGGCGCCCCUGCGCUCUAGCGCGUCCCCCAAACUGGAGCUGCAGAUCUGAGGGGCGGGGGUAGGCAGCAAGCACGGAUGGGGCGCAAGGGGUGCAGGAGGGAACCCCAAAAGGCAACCUGCCCCCCACUCCAUCUAUAUAUGAAAAAACUCAGAGAAGAAGGAGUAGGGGAGCUUUAUUUAUAAAAAUGACCAUAGGGAGCCGGGCCAGGCGAGCCCCCCAGGCAAGAUCCAGUCUUUGGCCUUCUUUCUGUAAAAAAAGAGAAGAAAAGGGAAGACGGAAGAAAGAACACGACAGAAAGAGAAAUAGGAGGAGGCUACAGCGCCUCGUUUUCAGCUUUGGCGAAGAUGGAUCCACGUUUCAUCUUUAAUCACGCCAGGCCCGGCCCAUCUGUCUUGUUUACUCUGCCGAGGAGAGGAGAGAACGGCCUCGGUGGCGACCAUUACCUCGACGCCCGCUAACAAAUGAGGCCCAGCCAGGCCUCCUGGCUGCUGGCGCUGCUGGAAGACGGCCUGCAUUUUCUUUCUUUGUCCCCUCCUGACACCCAGCGAAAGCACCCCGCGACUGCUAGAUAGCACAGUGUUGUGACCACGGUAACACACACAUACACACAUACACACAUAUACACACACACACCCCGUUGCUCUUCCUCAGUGCCUGUCCACGGGGACCACUGACUGCUCACCCCUUCCACCUCAGGGUGUGUGUGGAGGGGAACAGAAGGAUGAAGACAAGUUGGGGAGGGGUGGCCCUGGCAACACAUAUGCAGGCGGGGAAACUGAGUCCAAGAAUUAAAAGAGUGACCUACACCCAUGCUUAGCAGGGUGAGGGGCUGGCUUGGGGGGGAGGCUGGGCAGGACCCCCUGGCCAAUCUGGAGUUGUACAGCAGAGACUCCUGUCUUAGACUGAAAAUGAAUGUGAAAUUAGGAAAUAAACUGGGCUCUCCGACUCAGGGAGGCCGGUGUGAGAAUCUGCUCCCAUAGUUUAUCAUUGUUGUAUAGUUUACUAUUAUUAUUACUAUUAUUAUUAUUAUUGCUAUUAUUUUAUGUCAUGUGCGUCCUCUCUCCUGUUCUUUCUGACAUUCCAAGCCAGGUGCCUUCCUCCCUGGGGGCAGGGGGUGCCUGAGUCUAGAACCUUUCGUUGGUGUGAAAAUUUGUGUCCUGUACAGAGUGACAAUAGAAAUAAAUGUUUGGUUUCUUGUGACCAUCUUCACAUCCGU